GUUUGCUCAACCGAGCCACGCCCGCUGCCUGACGUGGCGGCCAAGAGCAGCGUUCGCGCUGUUGUUCUGUUUAUAAAGUUCCCGGAGAGUCGACGGAAGGAGCACGAGGGCUGGAGAGUGCGAGGAGAACGGGCCGCACGGGUACAGGAGACCGCGAGGAGAGAGAGGGAGACAGAGUGAGGCACCAGGCCAGAAGAGCGCGAGUUGUUCCCGUACCGACCGCUUGCCCAUGGCUCUGCCGGACAACGCCAGCUCUGUCCUGGGCAGCGAAGAACCAUCUUUCCCUGAGAUUGUAGAGCUGAAUGUCGGCGGCCAGGUAUACAUCACCCGGUACUCCACCCUGCUCAGUGUGCCCGACUCUCUCCUAUCGCAGAUGUUCAGGCCGAAAAGCGGGUUGGGGCUGGCGAGAGACGGUAAGGGGCGUUUCUUCAUCGACCGAGACGGCUUUCUUUUCCGUUACAUUCUGGAUUACAUGCGGGACCAGCAGCUAGUGCUGCCCGACCACUUCCCUGAGAGGAGCCGGCUGCAGAGGGAGGCCGAGUACUUCGCACUUCCCGAACUGGUCAAAACGCUGAGCCCCAAACUCAGCAAACAGAACUCCAUCAACGACGACACUUGCCCCAGCGACACCGAGGACGGCUCGCCCAGCACCGAUGCGAUCCGCAGCAUCGUCUCGGCCACGGCGAUGGCCAGCGGUACCGGCAGCGAAAGGAGAGCCGGUUUCAUCACCAUCGGUUACCGGGGCUCCUACACGCUGGGCAGGGACAGCCAGACAGACGCCAAGUUUAGGAGAGUAGCCAGGAUCAUGGUCUGCGGGAAGACUGCUCUGGCCAAAGAGGUAUUCGGGGAGACUCUGAACGAGAGCAGGGACCCGGACCGGCCUCCCGAGCGCUACACGUCCCGUUACUAUCUGAAGUUUACUUUCCUGGAGCAGGCGUUCGACAGGUUGGCAGAGGCUGGCUUCCACAUGGUGUCCUGUAAUUCCACCGGAACCUGCGCCUUCGCUCACGAUCAGACCGAUGACAAGAUAUGGACCAGCUACACCGAAUAUAUUUUCUACCGUUCUCCAAACUCCUGGAGUCAGAUGGAUAUCACCAACCAACUCAGCAGAGCAGUUGAAGAAACAUCACCUGAUGUGACUAUUGUCACAGAAGAACAGAAUGAAGUCAUUGAAACUAUUAACGAUACUGAGGAUGUAAUCAUCUGUAAUAACGUGUCUACUUCUAGUAUGGACAGCUGUUUUGAAGCAAAUACUGUGUCAAAAGUUAUAAAUGAAAGUUCCCAUGAGUCCUCACAGCAAUCACACACUCAAGAAUUGGAAGAUAUGCAAGAAACUCUGCGAGAUGAAGACAAAAUACAGAUGGAUUGUCAUCGCUCCGAAGAAGCUGAAGCUAUAUUACAUGAAAUGACUGGACUGACAGAAGAACAGAGCAUAGCCACUGAAGCUGAUAAGGACACAGAGGACACAGCAAACUGCAAUAACAUUGUUAUACCUAGCUCAGAGAGCUGUUCUAAAGUAAACUCUGGCUUAGAAGUUAUGAAUAAAAAUCUCCACAUGCCCCUACAACGAGCAAGCACUUUAAGACUUGUUGAUGUGCAAAGAAUGCAAGAGGAUGAAUUAAAUAUUGGAUCAGAACCCAUGUACAAAGGUCUUCAGGAGCCCCUCCAGCGAGCAACCACUCUAAAACAUGAUGAUGUGCAAAGAAUUCAAGAGGAUGCGAUAAACACUGAGCCAGAAUCCAUGAACAGAAGUCUCCAAGAGCCUCCACAACAAGCAACCACCCGAGAACUUAAUGAAAUGCAAAGAAUACAAGGGGGUGAUGACAUAAAGCUGCAAAAACAGAACAUUAACAAAGACGGAAACGCAAACCAAAGUAGCUUAGACAAAACUACAGAACAUGAUCAGAACAAAAGUAAUGAUGAGAAACAGACAUUGGAAGCAGAGUUGCAGAAAUGUAUUGAUGAUUUGAAAAACCUUAAAAUACCCUCUACCUUCUUGAAGAAACAGAGGCACUGGCAAAAUGAACUGCUAAAGAAAUAUGAUAUGUAAACCUAUAAGAAAUAAGUUGAAUAUUGGAAUAAACAUGAUGUUUAGCUUCCUUGCCAGCUCUCUCCUGGCAGAGGUUAAAAAUGAAAUGUUGAUAAUGUAAAUAUCACAAUGUUAAAAUCUAUCACAAUGUUAAGAUCUAUCAAAACAUCUGGACAUUACCUAUUUAACACAAAGUAGGUUAAUAGAUGAUGCAUUAGUAUUUUACUUAAUUUUCUCACUUAUCUCUUAAUGUUCACUCACACUUUAUGUUCAAGUCCAAAUGCAAGGUAUAAGUGGAAACGUAUUCAUUCACAUGGCUGUAAUCACAGUUUAAUUAACAGUACAGAUUUCAUUCAUGUUUAAAGUUAGUAAAUUACUAAGGUGGAACUCAGAAAAAUCUUAGUUUACUUUCUAAUGAGUGGGCUUAUCAAGAUAGAGAUGUGAUUUUAAGCAAAUUGCCAAGUCAAGGCAG